AUGACGGAAGACAAGAAGCGGGGCACCGACCAUAGCAACAACGACAAACCCUCCAACGAUCCCCCCAAACCAACCGACAAAGACAAUCCAACCACCCCAUCCCUCGCAAAUCGCAUCCAAAGCUCAGCCUCAGGCCUAGCCCGACAAGCCUUCUCCACGCCCAGCUCAUCAGAUGCGGCCCUCCUCGCUAACAGCGGCAAACCCUCCUCAUCCUCUUCCGCCCUAGCACCCGCAGAACAAUACUCCCAAAUCUCCGGCCCCUCCUCAAGGUCUCAAUUGCGUGAUACUACCCAUAAUGCAGAGACAUUCCGGUCACCAACUACAACAACAACAACCCAACAACAAGGCGGGUUCACAAUCCCCCAAUUAACCGAGGAGGAAUUCGCGCACGGAGAUAGUAGCUCACUGGGGCUGGGCGAUGACUUCCUCCAACCCUCCGACAAGGGAAAGGGAAAACAAAGAGACCUAGCCUCGAUAUCUUCCACCACUGAAACAUCAACUACACAUGGCUACCACCACCACCAACAACACAUCCUCAACCCAACCGACGGCUCAGCAGUCCUUUCCCUCCUUUCCUCCAAGACCUUCGACCCAUCAUUCCCACCCUCAGCGCACGAGCCACUCGACAUUAUCGAAACAGAGCCAUCGCCACCUCAACCGCUCUCACCAGCCGAGAUCCAAAUGCUCGAGACAUUCCGCCGCCAUAUGACGCCCUCCCUGGACGCUUCGGCCCCGGCCCCGGCUUCGACCCAUAGACUCACGUCUGCCAGUCUCGUUCCAGAUAUUGAUACGAUACUGGGGAGUGCUGCCGUACAGACCGAUGUGGAUGCUGCGGCCUUAAGGGAUAGUGUUUUGGGGAGUUUACCGGGGUCGGAGGAUUGGGUUGCGGUGGAGGAGCGGUAUCAUGAUGAGGUUUGGGGAUGGCUGAGACCAACUUUGGAGGCUGCUGCUAAGGAGAUAGAGGAGAGGAAGGAAAAGCAGGGGAACCAGCGGGGAGAGGAUGGGCCGGCUGUGCAGCGGUUGAAGAUGAUUUUGAGGCAUAUGCGGGCUUGA